AUGUCGAUGGAAGUUACUCAGGCACUUUUGAAUGCUCAAUCAAUUGAUGGAACUGUACGUAAGCAUGCUGAGGAAAGUUUGCGGCAAUUUCAGGAGCAAAACCUUCCUGGUUUCUUGGUCUCUCUUUCUGGAGAGUUAGCAAAUGAAGAAAAACCAGUUGAUAGUCGCAAGUUGGCAGGUUUGAUACUUAAAAAUGCAUUGGAUGCCAAGGAUGAAAACAGAAAACGGGAAUUGGUUCAGAGAUGGUUGUCUUUGGAGACCGCAGCAAAGGCUCAGGUUAAGGCAUGCUUGCUACAAACACUCUCUUCUCUUGUAGUUGAUGCUCGGUCAACGGCAACUCAAGUUGUUGCUAAAAUUGCUGGAAUUGAGCUUCCACAUAAACAGUGGCCUGAGCUGAUAGGAUCACUUUUAUCAAAUAUUCAUCAAGUUCCUGCUCAUGUGAAGCAAGCAACUUUGGAGACUCUGGGGUAUUUGUGUGAGGAAGUCUCUCACGAGGUUGUUGAACAAGACCAAGUAAAUAAAAUUCUUACUGCUGUAGUUCAAGGUAUGAAUUCAUCUGAAAAGAACAAUGAUGUCAGACUUGCUGCUACUAGGGCAUUAUAUAAUGCUCUUGGAUUUGCACAGGCUAAUUUUAGCAAUGAUAUGGAGCGUGAAUAUAUCAUGAGAGUUGUUUGUGAGACAACUAUGUCUCCUGAAGUGAAAAUACGACAGGCAGCUUUUGAAUGUUUGGUCUCAAUUGCGGCCAUGUAUUAUGUAAAAUUGGCUCCUUACAUCCAGGAUAUAUAUAACAUCACAGCAAAGGCUGUUAGGGGUGAUCAGGAGCCUGUUGCUCUCCAGGCCAUUGAAUUCUGGAGUACGGUUUGUGAUGAGGAGACUGAUAUCUUGGAAGAAUAUGUGGGCGAUACCACUGGGGAUUCUGAUUUACCUUGUUUUUAUUUCAUUAAGCAAGCCCUUCCCGCACUCAUUCCUCUGCUGUUGGAAACGUUACUCAAACAAGAAGAGGAUCAAGAUCUGGAUGAAGGUGCAUGGAAUAUUGCAAUGGCAGGUGGUACAUGCCUUGGUUUAGUUGCUCGCACUACUGGAGAUGAUAUUGUGCCACUGGUAAUGCCCUUCAUCGAGGAGAAUAUUACCAAACCUGAUUGGAGACAGAGGGAAGCAGCCACAUAUGCGUUUGGCUCUAUCUUGGAGGGCCCUUCUCCAGACAAACUCAUACCCCUUGUUAAUCACGCUUUACCUUUUAUGCUCAGUGCUUUAGUAAAGGAUCCGAGCAACCAUGUUAAAGACACCACUGCUUGGACUUUGGGACGAAUGUUUGAAUUUCUUCACAGUUCAAUUGUUGGCACACCAAUUAUUAAUGAGGGAAAUGCCCAACAGAUUAUUACAGUUCUCCUUCAAAGCAUGAAGGAUGUCCCUAAUGUUGCCGAGAAAGCCUGUGGAGCCCUGUAUUUUCUUGCCCAGGGUUACGAGGACGUGGGACAAACAUCUCCCAUUACUCCCUUUUUCCAGGAAAUUGUUCAAGCACUUCUCACUGUUACCCACAGAGAGGAUGCUACAGAAUCUCGAUUAAGAGCGUCAGCAUACGAAACAUUGAAUGAAGUAGUAAGGUGUUCAACAGGUGAAACAGCUCCUUUGGUUUUACAACUAGUUUCUGUCAUCAUGAUGGAGCUACACAAAUGUCUUGAAGCACAAAAUCUUUCAUCUGAUGAAAGAGAAAAGCAGAGUGAACUUAUAGGUCUUCUCUGUGGAUGCUUGCAAGUGAUUAUUCAGAAGCUAGGGUCUUCAGAACCUACCAAAUAUGUUUUCUUGCAGUAUGCUGAUCAGAUAAUGGGACUAUUCAUCAGGGUUUUUGCUUGUAGAAAUGCCACUGCACACGAGGAGGCCAUGCUAGCUAUUGGAGCCCUUGCCUAUGCAAUAGGCCCUGAUUUUGCUAAAUACCUGCCAGAAUUUUACCAGUUUCUGGAGAUGGACCUUCAGAAUUUUGAGGAGUACCAAGUUUGUGCUGUAACUGUUGGUGUAGUAGGCGACAUAUGCAGAGCAUUGGAGGAUAAAAUACUGCCUUACUGUGACGGGAUUAUGACACAACUUCUCAGAAAUUUGUCAAGUGAUAACUUGCACCGUUCUGUAAAGCCGCCAUUAUUUUCAUGCAUUGGUGAUAUAGCACUUGCUAUAGGAGACAACUUCAAUAAGUACUUAAUGUAUGCAAUGAACACACUACAAAUUGCUGCGGAGACUUACGCCCACACAUCUGCCUUUGACUUGGAAAUGACAGAGUACAUCAACUCUCUGAGAAAUGGGAUAUUAGAGGCAUAUUCUGGGAUCUUCCAAGGUUUUAAGAAUUCAUCAAAAACCCAGCUCUUGAUUCCUUAUGCUCCUCACAUCCUCCAGUUCUUGGAUAGCAUAUACAUGGAAAAAGACAUGGAUGAUGUGGUUAUGAAAACAGCCAUUGGAGUCCUUGGAGAUCUAGCUGAUACACUUGGAAGCAAUGCUGGUUCUUUAAUUCAACAGUCUUUGUCAAGCAGAGAUUUCUUAAAUGAAUGUUUGACCUCAGAUGACCAUAUGAUUAAAGAGUCUGCUGAAUGGGCCAAGUUGGCUAUCAAUCGUGCUAUAUCUGUUUGA